AUGAAACAUCCAAACUUAACGAUGUUUCGAUUAUUUAUUUUACUCUUUCUAUUGGCUACUAUUGUUAAUUCUUAUAAACUUACCGGACGUACUCUUCAUACUGCAAAUUACCAAAAUGAGAAAAUUUAUUUUCUUGGUGGAAUUACAGAAACAGCGAAUUAUACCAAUGAUUUGUUUUAUUUAGACGUUUCAAUACCCUUUACUCUAGAUUCUUUGCCAAUUUUCGAUUUAUCUAGCAACAUUCAGAUCGCUAAACAUGCAAAAGCGACAUCAACUGUUUGCGUUGAUGUUAAGGAACCCUUAAUUUUUGCAUUUAAUAUUAGCGUUCCACAAUGGACUAAUGCAAAUAUUAGUGGACUUGAACCAGUAAGACGUAGUUGGUCAUCAGCUGCUUGUAAUAAAUAUGCGAAGAUGUAUAUCUUCGCUGCUACUGCAACUAUGUUAUCGGACGGUAAAAUCGUUUUUCUUGGAGGUCAAGAUUCCAAAUGGUACUCCACCAGUGAUACAGCCGUCUUAAGUUUGAUUUAUAAAGAUAAUAAAUAUGUUUUCAGUAAUCAAAUACUUUUGCUGGAUGUAAGUGAUAAAAAUGAUUACAAGUGGGUCACUAAUUUUACUCCAAAUACUACUGCACUCGAGUUAGGAAUAAUUAUUAAAGCAGUUAUUGUUUUUAUAUUUGUGAUAUCUAUUAUUAUUUACUCAUUAUACCGCUAUAAAAAUAGAAGUAGUACAAACGAACAUACCCCAUUAUUAGAUUGA